AUGGCGGCAGAACUGGAGUCGCUGGAGCUGUGCCUGGAGCGGCACAUCCCGCCCGGGGAACUCGCCGAGGUGAAGCGGAUCCUCUAUGGGGGCGAGCCCAGAAAACUUGAUUUGCCAACUGCUGCGCUGUCAGCAGCUCAGGAAAAAGAUUUUGAACUACAGGGCUAUGGAUUUGAAGCUGCUCUGGAGCAAUUGAGAAGGCCACGAAUUGUUCGAGUGGGACUGAUACAGAAUAAACUUCCUCUUCCCACAGACACAGCAGUGGCAGUCCAGGUGGCUGCUCUGCACAGACGCAUCGAGGAGAUGGUGGGAGUGGCUGCCAUGUGUGGGGUCAACAUCGUGUGCUUCCAGGAGGCUUGGACCAUGCCUUUUGCUUUUUGUACAAGAGAGAAACUUCCUUGGACUGAAUUUGCUGAGUCAGCAGAGGAUGGGCCAACAACCAAGUUCUGUCAAGAGCUUGCAAAGAAAUACAACAUGGUUGUGGUGUCUCCAAUCCUGGAGCGAGAUGAACUGCAUGGUGGAGUUCUCUGGAAUACUGCAGUGAUCAUUUCUAAUUCUGGAGCACUCCUUGGCAAAAGCAGGAAAAAUCACAUUCCAAGGGUUGGAGAUUUCAAUGAGUCUACUUACUAUAUGGAAGGAAACACAGGACACGCAGUGUUUCAGACCCAGUUUGGGACAAUUGCUGUGAACAUCUGCUAUGGGCGCCACCACCCUCUGAACUGGCUCAUGUAUAGCAUGAAUGGGGCAGAGAUCAUCUUUAACCCUUCAGCCACUAUAGGGUCACUCAGCGAGGCACUGUGGCCGAUCGAAGCCAGGAAUGCUGCCAUAGCCAACCACUGCUUCACGUGCCCCAUCAACAGAGUUGGAACGGAAUACUACAAGAAUGCCUUUACUUCUGGAGAUGGUGGAAAAGCCCACCAUGAGCUGGGCCAUUUCUAUGGCUCGAGUUACGUGGCUGCGCCGGACGGCAGCAGGACCCCGGGGCUGUCUCGCACUCAGGACGGGCUGCUGGUGGUAGAGAUGGACCUGAAUCUCUGCAGGCAAGUCAGUGACAAAUGGAACUUCAAGAUGACUGGUAGAUAUGAAAUGUAUGCAGAAAAGCUUGCUGAAGCAAUCCAGCCUUUCUUUAUACCCAAUAUCAUCAAAGAGUAAGAGAGAGCAUCUCAUUACACUCAAAUGUUACAGGACAAAUUC